GAGAGAGAGAGAGAGAGAGAGAGAGUUUGUUGGUCUUUACUGCACAAUAUGCAUAAUAACACAUUUUUUUUAUUUAUUAAACUAAAUUGUGUAAAAAGAAAACAAAUAUGUCUUCCUGUCGAUAUCUAUAAAUUCCUGUUUAAUGGUAAUUAAAUUGGAAAAGCAUAUUGUAGCUUAAUUAGUGAUAUGAAAUAACAGAUGAAUAUAAUAUUGCAAUAGAGUAAAUAUCACUAGACACAAUAUAAGCUUAUUGGUUAAUUUUUUUGUCUGGAGAACGUGCUGGAUGAAAUUUUUUACAAAUAAAUUUUUGACACAUUGUUGAAUUGAAUUAAAAAGUAGCAUCACCAAAAAUGCCAAUAUGGAAUAUAGUAUGAAAAGAAAAAAAUAUUUGCAGCAGAAGUAAAAUUGCAUUAUUUCAGUAAAACAUCAUUCAACAUAACAUGACUGGCAUAUUAGGUGUUUCUAUAGCUAAGAUAUUUUGACUAAGACAGAUACAGAAAAGUCAGAAGAUCCCCAGUGGUGUGGGUUUAUAAACAACCACACCAUAAUCUUGAUUCAAAAUGGCAAAUUCACAAUUUUGUCUGAAAUUAGCAAUUCUUCUUUUAGCCAGCAUCACAAUAUUUGUUCAAAAAUUACUUAAUAAUGUUCUUCUACAUAAUUUUUUUUCUAGAGAAGGUGACUGUCACCAGAGGAGGAUGCUAAAAUUUUAUAUUCGGUAUGGUCUAGAUAAAGACGGAUUUCAAGUUAAAUACAUUUCUGAUUUCGAAGAUAGUGACUCGGAUCCAUUUGACUUAAAUGAGUCAUCUUUGGUGGAAGAAUCAUAUAGCGAUAGUCUCUCCUCUGUAGAUGAAAUUCUAGAGUCAAAAGAGAAGAAAAACCCAAAGACUGUGAAGUGGUCAAAGGAAGACACAGCAGAUUUGAAAUCUCAUUUUAGAAAGUACAUAUUUACUCAGAAAGACAAUAACACAGGGAAUCUACCAUGUAAGGAAGAAAUUGAGGACUUCCUGAAGACAAAUAAUAUAUCAUCAUUAGAUGGUCUUCAUAUGAAGACAACAAUUUCCAAAGCCAGAACAAAGAUUUUUAAUGAGAGAAAAACGGCGAGGCUAAGAACUUCCAAAAAACUUGCAGAGUUGGAGUUGGUGGCUAUAUGAACAAUUUAGAAAUGAACAUGACUUGUGAAUAUGCAUAUGAAUAGUAUGUAGUUUUCUAGUCAGAUAUUAGCAAUUAGUACAUCUCAUGGGGGAGUGGUCACGAUUUUGCUCAGAUUUUUAUUUUUGUAUUUUUUAUUGUUUAUAAUGCAUUAGUAUAAUGCAUUUCUAAUGACCAACCACAAUUUGAGUGUUAGUUGUAGUGUUAUUAGCCAGAUGCAGAGCUUCAAUUCUUUGUUUUGUAAGAAGGCUUGUGUCUUAUUUUUUUUGACUUACAUUGGUUCAAUACACCGGUAAAAGUUCUUUUUCAAGCUGAUUUUUUUUUAUCUGCUAAUUUGUUUUGUACAUCAAUAAACAGCUCCUUGUAUUUGUCAAAUUCAUUUCAUGGCUUAACCUGGAAUUUCAAAAUGUAAACAAACACAUGGCACAAGUCUUGUUUACAUUACUUAUGUUACCCUUGUGUACCAAUCAAAUGUCAACUUUUUGUUAAAUGACGACUGUUUAUUUUUAGCUUAAAUUUUCAAACAAAUUUUUGUCAAAAAUUUCUCGGCACAUAUUAAUAGCAGAGGCUUAAAAUUUUAACCUCUUUGUGUAGGCAUGCCAUAUGAUGGGAUCCAUUUUUAAAAAAAAUGAUGUCAACUCCCUGUGAAAUAUCGACUGCAUAUUUUGUAUAUUCAGAUCAGAGCAGGGGUAUCACUUUUGAGUAUUGGCUCACAGAUAUCUUGUUUGUUUGUAAUGAAUUGACCUUUAGAAUUUUGUUUCUUUUAAAAAAAAAAUUGAUAUUUGUUGUUACCAAGAAUAA